AUGGCAACAGACAGAGAAAUUGCUGGAAUUCAACACAAAAACAUUGAAAAAGUAAAUCAACAAAAGAAUCCAUUCACAAUAGCUGAAGAGUAUGGAAAAUACAGCAAAGAUGACUUGACCAUCGAUAUCUCAUACAAAGGCAGCAAGGAACUGACCAAGGAUCUCCAAAAAUGGUGCUUCAAGCUAGCUGAAAAGAACGUCGGACCACAUUACAAAGCCUGCAGCCUCGGAUGGCAGCCAAAGUUCAAACAAAAUGACAUGAAAAGGCCCUGGGCUAAGUUUCUGAUAGCAAAGUGUGGACAGGAGAAUGCUGGAUACACAAUGUUUAGAUUUGAUAUGGAUUAUGGACGAUCUGUUAUUUACUGUUACGAGCUUCAAAUUGAUGAAAAGUACCAAAAUAAAGGACUUGGCGAGCACUUUAUGAAAUGCUUAGAGAAACUGGCAAAGGUGUGGCAAAUGGAACGAAUAGUCCUGACUGUCUUGACUAAUAAUGAUGGUGCAUUGAGAUUCUAUAAAAGACUUGGAUAUACUGUCGAUGAAACGAGUCCGGACGAUGAGCCUUCUUAUCAGAUUUUCAGUAAAGAAGUUUAG